AUGCUCCAGAGGCUCCUAACAACUGUGUCACCAAGAAAGAUCAGUCGUUAUCACAUUUAUUUCGAUAACUUUUUUAGUUCACCAGAUCUUUUCGUUCAUCUACGAAAAAUUGGUUUUCGAGCUACAGGUACUGUGAGAGCAAAUAGAGUAAGCGGAGUCACUAUUGAUCUUAAUAAUAAAUCAAAGAGAGGAACAUAUUUUGUGAAACAUGACAAAAAUAGUGGUGUCAACUACAUAUCAGUCAUGGACUCUAAAAUUGUCUCAUUGCUCUCGACGGCUUGUGGCAUUACUCCAUUGUCUUCAGCAAAACGAUAUUCUAAAGAUGAACAUGGUAAAGUUGAAAUACCUUGUCCUUAUGCUUUCAAUUUGUACAACAAUUUUAUGGGUGGAGUAGACCAACAUGAUUAUUACUGUAGCAGUCUGUUGCCGUGUAUUAGGUCGAAAAAAUGGACUUGA